ACCAUUUCUUUGGCCACAGCUAUGGCUGACAAAAUCACUUUUUUGAUCUCCAAUCACUUGUUCUCCUUUCAUUCUUCCAGGAUAUCAUGAACACCACAUCAGAUUCUAAUCAGGGAUUUCUUGGCUCCAACAGCAUUGGUGGGUUUGGCUAUGGCUUAGGAGUUUCUGUUGGAAUCCUCCUGCUUAUCACAACCCUCACAUUGGCUUCCUACUUUUGCACCAGGAAUCAUCCACAGCCACAAGCUCCGUCAAGGAGGAAUAGACAAGAGCCUGCAAUUGACUCCGAUAGCUUUGUUGUCGAUGUAGGACUCGAUGAGGAGACCAUAAAAAGCUAUCCGAAGCUGCUGUACUCGAAGGCCAAGCUCCAGAAGAAAGAUUCUACAGCCACAUGCUGCUCCAUAUGCUUGGCAGAUUACAAGAGUAGCGAUACACUUAGGCUGCUGCCUGAUUGCAACCAUCUCUUCCAUGUCAAGUGUGUUGACCCCUGGUUGAGGCUGCACCCAACAUGUCCACUUUGCAGGACAUCUCCAAUCCCAACGCCCUUGUCCACGCCUCUAGCUGAGGUGGUUCCCUUGUCAAGCAGGCCUGGUGGUUGAUGUGAAGAACUAUUAUUUGGACUUUUUCUCAAUUCCCAUCAUCAUUCAGUCAAUGUAAAAUUGUUACACGAGCUCUGUCCGUAGUAAAAAUUCUUUUUGUUUGUCUUCUUUUCUGUGUGAAUUUGGAUUGUAUUUCUGAACAUUCUCUUCUUGUUCACACAAAUGCAAGAUAGUUGUAGGAAAAUUUAUGCAUAAAUUCAAUCAUAACUCACAUACAGAGCCAGGA